GAGCCCAUGGCGGAGAGCGUGAUGCUCUGGGACUGGCCCGGCUCCGGCCGUAGAGGUUGCGGAACGCUCGCGCUCUGUGGAGAGGGCUGAGGAUGUGGGCAGGGCGGCCGAGGCGGAAGCGGGCAGGACAGCGGGGGCGGGGCCUCGUGGGGAGCAGCAGCCUGACCCCUUGAAGCCGAUGGAUGAAAACACCACAUAGAACCAUGAUGUGACUGGAAGAGAUCUCUCACUAUGCAAACAGUACAACAUUCUACCCAUACCCUGAGGACAGCUCUCAUCUCAAAAAACCCAGAACUUGUGUCACAAUAUGAGAAGUUAAAUGCCGGGGAGCAGCGUCUGAUGAACCAUGCCUUUCAACCAGAAAGCGACCUCUUUGGACCCAUUACGUUGCAUUCACAGUCAGACUGGAUCACGUCACAUCCGGAGGCCCCUCAAGACUUUGAACAGUUUUUCAGCGAUCCUUUCAGAAGAACGCCCUCUCCAGAGAAACACAGUAUUUACAUACAGUGCAUCGGUUCUCUAGGAAACACCAGGAUUAUCAGCGAAGAAUACGUCCGAUGGCUCAAGGGCUACUGUGAAGCAUUUUUCUAUGGAUUGGCAGUAAAGCUCCUGGAGCCAGUGCCUGUCUCUGUGACUAGGUGCUGCUUUAGGAUCAAUGACAGCACGCAGAACUUACAGAUUCAUGCAGGGGAUAUUCUGAAGUUCUUAAAAAAGAGGAAGCCUGAAGACGCCUUCUGUGUUGUGGGGAUCACAAUGAUCGAUCUUUACCCAAGAGACUCGUGGAAUUUUGUCUUCGGACAGGCCUCUUUAACAGACGGUGUGGGGAUAUUCAGCUUCGCCAGGUAUGGCAGUGAUUUCUACAGCUCACACUAUGCUGGCAAAGUGAAACUGCGGAAGACAUCUUCAAGUGACUAUUCCAUUUUUAAUGACUACUACGUUCCUGAGGUGAAUAGUGUCUUGCUGCUACGAUCCUGUAAGACCUUAGCCCAUGAAAUCGGACACAUAUUUGGACUUCGCCACUGCCAGUGGCUUGCCUGCCUAAUGCAAGGCUCCAACCAUUUGGAAGAAGCUGACCGGAGGCCCCUGAACCUUUGCCCCAUCUGUUUACGCAAGUUGCAGUGUGCCAUUGGCUUCGACAUUAUAGAAAGAUACAAAGCGCUGGUGAGGUGGAUCGAUGAAGAAUCCACUGACGCCCCCCGCGUCACAUCAAAACAGAGUCGUGAAGUUGGCGUCACGUCAAAACAGAGUCGUGAGGUUAAUGCGAGUUUGCCCAAACCUAUGGAAGCCUUUAAGGAGUGGAAGGCGUGGAUAGUAAGGUGCCUUGCUGUUCUCCAGAAAUAAGCACGAGUAACUGAAUAAACACUUGCACACCAUGCAAUAAACACCUGGCUGAAUUACUUCCCUGGAAUAAACUUGACUGAUUGUGCAUUG